UCCAGUUGUUCUUCUGGGCUUGGUCGUUCCGCACUCAGAAGGAAGUCAAGCUCAAGCUCAGCAGCUACGCCAAUGUUAACAACAUUAACCUGUGCAGCUCCGCCCUCACUUUCAUCCUCUUCCCUCCCCCCAUCCACCAACCAAAUCAACCGCGUUCGCCUUCUUCGUCAAAACAAUAGAUACGGCGUUACAAUCCACCAUGUUAAGAGACUGAAAGCAAACCUUGCAGGUAGGCCAACCCUCCUCCUGUUCAAUAUGUGCCUCCAAUUGUACGUGGGCGCAGGCCUCAUGAACGAAGCACAGUCUCUGUUCGAUGAAAUGCCCGAGAGAACGCUGAUCUCGUGGACCAUCCUCAUUUCAGGAUAUACCCGUCAUGGGCCUGCAGUCGAAACUUUGAUGAUUUUCCAGAAUAUGAUUCAAGACGCAAGUUACACGUUGUUAAAACCAGAUUCUUUUGUUUUUGCCACUGUUUUGCGUGCAUGUGCUGCAGCCAAAAAUCUCAUUUACGGCCGUCAAGUCCAUUGCCGGAUUUUAAAAACAGAUGGCAUUAUGGACUCAUUUGUGGAGAAUGCACUUGUGACCAUGUAUGCUAGCUGUGGAUCUCUUCAAGAUUCUUCACUUGCCUUUUCCUGUAUUUUGUGGCCUAACUUGGUGUCUUGGAGCUCGAUGCUAAGUGGAUAUACACAGAAUGGGCUUGAUGAAGAAGGGUUAAGUCUCUUCUGUGAUAUGAUACGGGCUGGAAUCCAGCCGGAUGCAUUUGCUUUAUCGAUGGCUAUUGGGGCUUGUGCAAAGUUGAGCUGCUUGGAUUUUGGAAUGCAGGUCCAUUGCUUUAUCAUUAAGAUUGAUUUUGCUUCUUCCCUGUUUAUGCAUAACAGUCUAAUAGAUUUUUAUGCAAGCUGUGGGAAUAUGGACUUGUCAAGGCAAGUAUUUGACAAUAUGCCAACAAGAGACUUGGUUUCUUGGAACACAAUAAUCUCGGGCUAUGUUCAUAAUACCCAUAACCAUGAAGUGUUGAAUCUUUUCCAAACUUUGAUGCAUGAACUUUCCAACUGUGAUGAGUUCACAUUGGCAAGCAUGCUUCAAGCUAUCACUGGCUUAGAAUCUUCGAAUUUUGGCAGAGAGAUUCAUGGAUAUAUACUCAGAGCUGGUUUUGAAUCAGACCUUUAUUUGAUCAGUUCUCUUCUGAAUAUGUACACUGAGUGCUUUGAUCUAAAUGGUUUAGAUGACAUGGAUGGAAUUGUUCCUAGGAUCUUUAAAGUACACAUAAAACAAGGGGGAUUAGACGAGUUUAUCAUUGCAAGCAUCUUGAAAUGGUGUUCUUUACAGUCGGACCACCGAAUUGGACAAAUGUUCCACUCCCAUAUCAUAAAACUUGAUUUAAAAGCUGACCCAUAUGUCAUCAGCUCGUUAAUUGACAUGUACUCUAAGUGUGGGAUGAUACUGGCAGCUCAAAGGGUGUUUGUGAGACUAAAAGAUCCUGGCACAGUUACAUGGUCAGCAAUUAUCGCAGGGUAUCGUUGGAAUGGAUAUUUUCAAGAAGCUCUUAAACUCUUCAGGGAAAUGCAGCUUACUGGAGCUAAAGCCAAUGAAUACACAUAUACAUCUGUUCUUCUAGCUUGCUUAGAUCUGAUGGAUGUGAAAAUAGGGAAAGAGUUGCACUGCAAGAUACUAAGAACUGGUUAUGGAUCUAAUGUGUCAGUAGUGAAUACUCUCAUUAAGCUUUACUCAGAGGUAUGGCAUCAUCAACAAGCGCUCAAGCUCUGUACUUUAAUUCCUGUGGAUGUCUCUUGGGGUUUCUUGAUUCAAGCCUGCUUUAGGGCCAAGGACCAUGAAUCAAUCCACAAAAUACUACUCAGUAUCCAAAGAACUCAAGGGGAUCUUGACCCCACUUAUGCAUGUCAGGUUCUGAGCUCUUGUGCAAACCCAGUCCUCUUGAAUGUAGGAACACAGGCACAAGCAUAUUUGAUGAAAAGGGGCCUCAUCUCUGAUUCUGACACCAGAACAAGCAAUUCUCUCAUCACAAUGUACUCUGGAUGUGGUGAGAUUGCUGCUUCAGUCACAGCUUUCAGCCAGAUGCAUGAGAAGAAUUCUGUCUCAUGGACAUCCAUCAUCUCUGCAAAAGUCGAUCAUGGUCAUCCAUUGGAAGCUUUGGAUCUGUUUACCCAGAUGCGAUGGAAGAACAAGUCACCGGAUUCAACCACAUUUAUCUGUGUCUUGAAAGCUUGUGCCCAAAAGGGUCUAGUUGAUAAAGCAUUCCAUUUCUUCAUCUUGAUGGAUGAGAUUUAUGGGAUUGAACCAUCAGUGGAGCAUUAUUGCUGCAUGGUUGAAGUUCUGGGGAGGGCUGGAAUGUAUGAAGAAGCUUUGGAAUUUAUUGAUGGGGUCAUUCCAUUCAAACCAAGGCCCUUAGUUUGGAGGACCCUUCUUUCUUCCUGCCGGAUAAAUGGAAAUAUGAAGGUUGCAAAAUAUGCAAUUGAAAAGCUUUUAGAAGUUGAACCUGGUGACUUUGCAGCCAAUCUAUUGCUAGAACAAGUUCUCCUAACAUUGGGAAAGUGGAAAGAUGCUUUGAAGGCUAAAACCAAAAAUAAUUUCAUUAGAGAUAAUUCUAGUUGGAUUGAAGUUAGAAACACCAUCUAUGGGUUUGCUUCAGAUCAGAUUCCAAUGAAAGAAGUCUGCACCGAAUUGGCAGAUUUGGAAGAAAAGAUGGAAACAUUGGGUUAUGUAGCUGAUAGAAACCACUUGCUGCACAAUUCAGAAGAGGGAGAAUGUGGAGCAGGAAUUUAUCACUCUGAAAUCAAAGCAUUAGCUUUUGGCUUAAUUUCAUUACCCCAUGGAAUGUCGAUACGGGUAGUUAAGAGUGUCCGGAUGUGCGGAGAUUGUCAUUCUGCUUGCAAGUUCAUGUCAACCUUUAUUGGCCGUAACUUGGUCAUCAGGGAUCCCUGCAACUUCCACCACUUCAAAGACGGGAAAUGCAGCUGCAAAGAUAUGUGGUAGUUUAUGUAACUCGCAAGAGGCAUAUCUGUAUAUAAUGGCUAUUUAUGUGUGGAAACAGC